GCGGGACCAAGCGUGACGUGACGUGGCGCGGCGCUGCCGGGAGCGCGCGCGGCGGGUGGCUGUUGGCUUCCGGGCCGCGGCGGUUAACGGGCCCCGGCGGAGGCGGAAGGGGGCGGGCGGUCCCUGCCCGGCCGCAGCCGCGUCCCCGUCCGCCCGGGCCCGCGGAACGAUGAUGGCCGCGGCGGCCGACCUGGAGUCCUCGCUGGAGCUGAGCCUGACGGGCAGCGGCGCGCUCCCCGGCGGGCUGCCCCCCGCCCGCUCCCGCAUCUUCAAGAUCAUCGUCAUCGGGGACUCCAACGUGGGCAAGACGUGCCUCACCUACCGGUUCUGCGCUGGCCGCUUCCCACAGCGCACCGAGGCCACCAUCGGCGUGGACUUCCGCGAGCGCGCCGUCACCAUCGACGGCGAGCGCAUCAAGAUCCAGCUCUGGGAUACAGCAGGCCAGGAGCGCUUCAGAAAGAGCAUGGUACAGCACUAUUACAGGAAUGUACAUGCUGUUGUGUUUGUAUACGAUAUGACAAACAUUGCCAGUUUUCACAGUCUGCCGUCAUGGAUAGAGGAGUGCAAACAACACCUUCUUGCCAAUGAUAUACCACGGAUUCUUGUUGGAAAUAAGUGUGACCUGAGAAGUGCUAUUCAGGUACCUACGGACUUGGCGCAGAAGUUUGCUGAUACUCACAGUAUGCCAUUAUUUGAAACCUCUGCCAAAAACCCCAAUGACAAUGACCAUGUGGAGGCCAUAUUUAUGACACUGGCUCAUAAGCUUAAAAGUCACAAGCCCUUAAUGCUUAGUCAACCCCCAGAUCGUGAUGAAAUACAUAUAAAACCUGAACCAAAACCUGCCGUGACCUGCUGGUGUUAAAUCAUUCUUUUGUCAGCUGUCACCUUGUCUUGUUUGCAGAUGCUUCAAAAUUAUGAUCUUGGCAAAGUUCCAGGUUUUGGUAACAAUUAUAGCGAAUCUCUUUGGCACUUUAAUGUGUUUAUUUUUUCUGGUGUAGAUGUUCUCAUCUCAUGUUCUUGCACUUUGUAAUUGUACUUUCAGAAUUACUGAAAUUUCACUAUAAAUAUAUGGGAAAGUAAACUUUCAAGUGAAGUUUUGACAAAGCAAUUCUACAUGAGCUCUUGCUGCCUCAGAUAGUUCUCAUCACUUGUGGUAAGGUUAUAAAUAGUAAGCCAGUUUACUAACAUUUUUGGUUGCUACUUGCAUUGGAAUAACAUAGGAAAAGAUGUUUUGCGACAGCCAGAUAGGUUGAUUUUUGGGUCAGCGAAUGGGGAAGUUGUUGAUGUUUGAAGGACUAUUUGGUGAUUGGUAGGAAAUUGCUAAGCAAGUACCUUUUUAUUUCAAUAAACAAACCCUAGGACUGUCAGAUAAAGUUUGGGCUGUCAGUGUAGGUGCAAACUGCUUUUGGCCUGCCAUUCCACUGUAAACUUUGUCUGGUUCUUCAUGGCAACUUGUCCCUGCCUCUAGACAAUUAUUUGAUACUUAAAACUUCAUUAAUUUUUCAUAAUUAGCAUGUAAAACUAAACUAUGCAUUCCUUCUUACGGAAAGUACUGUAGCAUAGGAUUUGGGGUAAAUUUGGGACUGUAACUGUCCAUAACUUCUCUGACCUGACUAAAACUUCAGUAUUCAAUGAGGAAUUACUUAUAAAGAUACUGUAAUUGAGUUAAGUGUCCCAGGAUAAGUAAAAACACCUCAGUAAGUAAAAGAUGGAAUGAAGCUGGCAAAAGCAUACUGGUUUGCAAAGACGGGGAUUUCAGAGGAUUUUAUUGAUGAUGAAUGCUUUUCAAAUAUCUUGAAAAAGCUUUUUACAGCCAAUUUAGUAACAUUUUAGGGAUUGAAAUGCUCAGGACAAAAUAUUAGGAAUAUGAGAAUUCCUUAAAAUACUUCUGAGUACAAAAUGAAUUAGGUCUUGAAAUGUGGAGAAGAUCUGCCAAGUACAUCAUCUGCUACAGAUUUUUGAACUAAAACCUGCCUGUGUAAUGUCAUUGGCUGUAGGUCGGGCAUCCUUGGCAUUACUGCUGUGCAUUGGUAAUGCGGUGGGUCAGACGAGGGCAGUUACUCCUCUGGAACCAUUUCUGGCCAUAAUUGCAACCAUGUUAUUUCAGUUCUGUCUGAAGGUCAAGUUCUGUAAUAAAAAUGGUGCUAGGUUGCAUGUAGUUACAUAAAGAGAAAUGUAAGCCAUAGAAUGCAAUCUGUGACUUCAUUCAUAUGCCGUGUCAAACAACGUUUUGUGACUUGGUUUUUGAAGGAGUUGAAGUAAGAUGAAGACUUUUUUUAUUUGCCAUGUGUAGUGUGUGGUGCUGACUGGAUACUAAAUGGAAGGGCAGUUCAGAAGCUGCCAUCCUAGUGAUCAUGUUAACAACAAAUUAUUGAAACAAGAUAGCUAGUAUUACUUAAACUACUGCAGUCAAUAAGAUGUAAUUCUUUUGCAAGUUAUACUGACAAAAGAAAGAUGCAUUGACUUUUUUCUAGCUUUAGAAAGAGCAAUUUGGUCUAAUAUGAUUAAGAUGUUUAAAAAUAAUCUAAAUGAUAUUUUUUUCCUGUACAAAGCUGCUACAACUGUGACAGUAAUUUUAUGAAACAUUUGUAAAAGGGAGCUUUUGUAUUCACUCUGAACCUUACAUUACUAGAAUUUGGUUUACAGUCCUUUCAGAAACAAUCAGCUUUUUCACACUUAGUGUCCUUAAUGUUUUUUUAAGAAAUGGAUUAAUCUUAAAAGAUUUUUUUCUUUUAAGAAUCUCAAAUUUAUGUGUAUACUUUUGUAAAUAAAUAUGGUUUACAGUCCUCUUGGACGAUUUGUUUUUCACUCAUGUCCUUAAUCCGUUUUCUCAAAAGGAUCCCUCUUAAUUAUGUGUAUGUCAGCAAAUGUUCUAUUGUUUUGGUUUGUGGUUAGUUUUGUUUUUUUUUAAUAAAAAGAAUGAAGAACUCUAAAGUCAGUCAGGUUGGGGGUUGAGGUAAGGACAUUAUGUAGCUACAAUAUUACUGUUAAAUUUGAUAUCAAACAUCUGAAAAUCUGUUAAGGUUUGAGUUAUUCGCAACCUGUAAAUAAGGGCCCUCAUGUCAUUAAAAUUGUGCAGAAACUAUGUUUAAGUAUGUAAUUUUGUCUUCAGCACAAAGCAUGUUGUAAUGGUUCUGGCAUAAAAGUGAUGUGGUCAUUAGUGCAGGAUUCAGUAUGCUUCCUGGCUUUCAGUCGUGAUGUUCUGCCUACAAAACUGGUGUCAAAAGUACUGAAUACUUUGUAUAUGUAUUUUCACUUUACCAAAUUGUCAAGUUGGGUUAUUUUGUAUGUGUUGGGGGGAGGGCAAGCCACAAUCCCAGAAACCUAAUAAACUGGCUUUGCCACAAA